ACUUGGCCUGGAAAGAGGUGCAACAGCUAAAGAAGCAUUGGAUGUAAUAGUUGCACUGUUGGAAGAACAUGGACAAGGUGGAAAUUAUUAUGAAGAUGGGAGUUCAUGCCAUACUUUCCAAAGUGCAUUUUUGAUUGUGGACAGAAACGAAGCCUGGAUACUGGAGACUUCUGGAAAGUACUGGGCAGCAGAAAAAAUCACAGAGGGGGUGAAAUGCAUUUGCAAUCAGCUUUCAUUAACUACAAAAAUUGAUGCUGAGCAUCCUGAACUAAGGAAUUAUGUGAGAAGUCAAGGCUGGUGGAAUGGAGACUCAGACUUCAAUUUUUCUGAAGUGUUCUCUAUUGCUGAUGACCAUUUAGCCUGCUGUUCUGGCAGGGAGAGCCUAGAAAAGCAAGGUGGUGAUGUUUCUGCACAAACUAUGAUUGAUGUCCUGCGUGACAAGGAUAGUGGUGUCUGUGUGGACUCUGAAUCUUUCCUUACUACAGCUAGCAUAGUGUCUGUUCUGCCUCAGGACCCUAGUUUUCCCUGUGUUCAUUACUUCACUGGCACACCAGACCCUUCAAGGUCCAUAUUUAAACCCUUUAUUUUUGUUGAUGAUGUAAAAUUAGUACCAAAAGUACAGUCUCCUUCUUUUGGCAAUGAUGAUCCUGCUAAAAAGAUACCUCGAUUCCAGGAGAAACCUGAUCGCAGGCAUGAAUUGUACAAGGCACAUGAAUGGGCCCGAUCUCUCCUUGAGAAUGAUCAGGAUAAAGGCCAGAAACUGAUGAGGAUUAUGUUAGACCUGGAAAAACAAGGCUUAGAAGCAAUGGAAGAUAUCCUAACUCGUACAGAGGUUCUGGAUCCUGAGAUCUUUUCUAUGACUGUGUUGACACAGAACUAAAGUUCUUCAAAUAAACUAUGGUGGCUAUUGUUAGCCUUUUCACUGGAAGACUGCAAAGUUCUUCAAGCCUUGAAAGAAAGUCUUCACACUUGUGAAUUUGCAGGAAAACAUUUCUAGAGGAAAAACUGUUACUUGCUAGCUGUAUCCGGUUAACAAAUUGCUUUCCUUUGUCCAAUCUUGUGGUGUUCCUGUUUGUGUAUGUAUAUAGUGAAAGGAGAAAGUCACUGACUGGUCCAAUUACUGUGUGCAUGCUGGCUAAUUUAGUACAGAAUGUUUAAAUAUGUAUGUUGGGCAACCAAUUAAAGCAAAGAUUAACUUCAUGAGGC